AUGUGGUCAAGGCGUGCGUCGGCAGGCACGCGGCCGGAGCCCGGUCGGACGGAAGACGGCAUGGCGGGAGAAGGGUCGGUCGGGGAAGGGAUUGGACUGGCAAGGAGCACUGCUGCCCAGUUCCUCGAGGGGGGAUGGGUGCCGCACAUCAUGGAGGGCCUUCAUCAUGGUGUACGCGUGUUCGGUGGGCUGUUGUACGACCAAUACGCAUGA